AUGUCCACUGCUCUAUCGCCUAGCCCCAUCCCAGUGACGAGUCCUGCUCCUGGUGCAGUUGCUGCUAAUACAGCGUCAAGCAUCCUAUCGCCUCCACAGCACCAGCGCCAGCAUCCGAAUGGCGAGCAGCUCCUCCAGCCGCCAUCCGAUCCAGUGCCCCCUAUAGCAGUCGAUUUUGCACUCUCUGACACUCCUGGGAUGAGUAUUACUC